AUGCUGGUGGCUGAUGAAGUGAUGGAGGAAUCUUGCAUAGUGGAGAUUCGUGCAAUCGUCGGUAGUCAUAUCGGUGCUGAAGAAGGGAAUCGAACCGUUGGGUCGGGUCAGUCAGUAGGCCUCUGGCUGAAAUCAUCCAAUAGGGGAUUCCCUGAUUGGACUGUUUCUUCUGAAGUUGCUGGCAUGGCUGAAAAUGUAGGAAGACUCACUGUAUUAUUUGACACUGGAUUGAAGGUUUCAGGUUGUGGAGGCAUUCGUUUCAAAGGUAGUGUGGCAGGAUUGGCGGUUGUGUUGUUGGCAAUGGGAGGUUAUGGAUCAUACUUGGGUUUUAGAAUUAAAUACUCUGAUGACUUGGAAGAGAAGGCGAAAGCAAAGGACUUGCACCCUAAAUUGUUAGGAGGCAUGUUCUUCUUUUUCGUGGUGGGCGCAACCGGGGGAAUUACGUCCCUUCUCACUUCGGAUAAGCCCAUCUUUGAAAGUCCUCAUGCUCUUACUGGUUUACUUGGCCUCGCCCUCCUCACAGUUCAGACAAUCUUGGCCACAUUAUUCGAGGGGAACCCUGGACUACGAAGUGUACAUGGUGUGCUGGGAACAGGUAUCAUGGGUUUGUUCCUGGUUCAUGCAAUCUUCGGCCUUCAGCUUGCUUUGAGCUACUGAUUACUUUCAGAAUAUCAAUU